AAAGACGCACACCAACUGCGAACAAGUCGCCAAAAAAGCUGUGCGUCAGUUACAUUCCACCGAAGUCACACCAUCAUCGGAUUUUGUUCCAUAGUCAGCAGUUGCUGUAUCCACAUCAUUGCACGCUUCUUGCCGUUCCAGAUGGACAUCGAUAUGAGUAGGAGGAAUAAGAAGCCCCGCCUUCUGCUGGAAUCUGAACGAGAAAGGCUCGAGGAAUUCAUCGACUCUAUCCACUACUCCGCGAGAUAUUCUGAUGAUCAAUUUGAAUACCGUCAUGUUCAGCUCCCCAAAAACAUGCUCAAAAAAAUCCCGGCCGACUACUUUGAUAGCUCGAAGGGAACCCUUAAACUACUUUGGGAAGAGGAGUGGAGGGCCCUGGGUAUUACACAGGUAGCCUGGGUUGGGAGCACUACGAGGUUCAUGAGCCGGAACCGCAUAUUCUGCUAUUCAAGCGUCCCCUCAACUACCAGCCACCAAUGUCACAGUAAAUAUACCUCGAGUUCGAUGGUCAAUAUUUAGCCUUUCUCUACUCAUUUCCCCAUUACUUG